AUGUCCACUUCGCCUGACGUGAACCAUUUCCUCUCGAUCCCAUGGUGUGCAUCACUCAUCGGGGACAUAGACAAACUGGACUACAUCUACCCCCAAGAUGAAAACCCCGACAUAGAUUUAUUUCACCGGCGACUUCUGAGAGUGGAAAAUGGCAUGAGCGCCUUCAUGAUAUUUGCCAAACGCGCCCCUCAACCCACAGACGGAUCCGAUCUCGGGAUAUUCGCUAUCCGGGAAAUGACCCUCCUGGUGGACGUCGGCGUCAAUGUGAGCGGGUGGGAGGGUGUCUGCCACGGCGGAUUCACCUCGUUUCUGUUCGACAUAGCCGGGGGCUGGCUUGGCCAGGCGAAUGUGAUGCAGGCCAUUGCGGACGGGAGGAUUCUGCCCAGCAGCGGAUCAAUGACCAAAAAGCUGGAGGUGGAGUACUUGGCACCGGUGCUCGUGCCCAGGGUCCUGAUGUUGAAGUCGAAGAUCAAUAGCAUCGAGGGGCGCGAUAUUGACAUAGGGAUAACUCUUGAGGAUGAACGGGGGAAGAUACUUAGCCGCGGAAGGUUGGCCUCGAUUAUCACUCAACCUAAAAAGGCCAGGAUUUGA